CUUUCCACCUCAUCUCCUAACCAGCCUCUCCACGUCACUCAUCAACACCACGCUCAUUCACAGAAGCACACCAGGCGAUUCACGAAAUACCCCGACGGAGUUACAGUUCUUUGAGGCCAACUGGAGGAUACACAGAUGGAUUGAUACCCGUGUUUACUCCAGUUUCAACCUCGACAUAAUCCCGACCCACCGUACCUAAUUUCAACAUCAAGUCCCUGAUCGAGGGCACCACUAUAUAUUUCCCAUAAGAGCCCACGCUCUUGGCUCUAGCGAUGAAGUUUCCAUCGUUAGUGAGUCGAGCAGCUGGGGAGCAGCUUCGUUUGUCGCAAUUGUGCUUCGCCUUGGUCUCGCUCUCCCAACUAUCGCAAGCAGUUACGUUCAACCCCAUACCAUCACCGAACCUCGACCUCUCGCAGUUCGGCCGCGUCGGUAUAGCUGGCGACUUUGAUGGCAUUUCAUUAUACGAAUAUGAAGGACAGAGUGAGGUUGGGCCUUCGUCAAAUGGUGCCGAAUCAGUUCUGGCCCGUUUCCCGGAUGGAGGGUUCGCAUCAGUCGCAUCCUCAGAUGCUAGCAUCCAAUCCAUGUGCCCACUCGUCUCGAAGGACGGUAGCGUAUCAAAUGUGGUAGUGGCAGGCAACUUCACCAGCUUGGGGGGUGUGGAAUCUCAGGGAAUUGCGUUGUUCAACCCUAAUACUUCAGCGGUCACACCAGUUCCCGGACUUUCAGGUCAAGUUUCGUCAUUAUACUGCGAUCAAUCCAGCAACACUGUGUACAUUGGAGGAAAGUUCAAAGCUGCUAACUCGACGAACGCUGCCUCACUGAACAGCACCCACGGCUUGACGGAUCUUCCUUUCCUUGGAUUCAAUGGCCCUGUUACCUCUAUCACGAAGUCCUCCGCCGGCAAAAUCAUAUUUGGGGGGUCUUUCACUGGCCUUGGAAACGCCUCUGUCAUUAGCGACCCAGACCAGCAGAUCAUCAACAUAGCUAAAGCCGGGAUUACAUCUGGACCUGAUGCGACAAGCGCUGACUUUGCCGAUCCCAAGAACAUCAUUUGCAAGGAAACUGGCGCGGAUGGCCCUGGCAACACAUGGCUGCUCGCAGACAACGCAGGCGGAUUCUGGAGGGCUGAUUUUGGAUUUGGAUUCCAGCCUACCAAACUGCGACUAUGGAAUACGCAUCUGGAUGGAAGGGGAACGAAGACAUGGCGGUAUACUGCUAUGCCGAUCAAUGGCAUCAUGAACUUCACCUAUGUUGACCCUGCGACUGGCGCCAACUCGUCUUGUAGUUCGGAAUGCCCGUUGUCAAAUGAUCCCAGUGUUACCUUCCAGGAUUUCUUUUUCGUCAAUGUUAUCGGCAUGAGCAUGUUCCAGAUUGAUAUAACCGACUGGUAUGGAAGUGGCGCUGGACUUACAGGCAUCAAGCUUUUCGAAGACGACAUUUACUCCUAUGCCAUUAACGAUUUCAAUGAACCCGAGUGCGCCGUCUCUUCGUCCACAGUCUCAAAGGCAACUGUCGCUGGGCCUUGGGAAGUUACUCCUUCUCGCCAAAGCGUGUCGAAUUAUCUUACUCUGAAGAUUGAUGGAUCAAAAGCUUCCUCGGACUCCGAAUCUAUAGAGUUCUUCCCUCACAUCAAAGAAGCUGGAAACUACUCGGUCAAUAUCUACACACCCGGUUGCAUCCAGGACGAUAGUUGCGCAUCUCGUGGACAAGUUCGCGUCACUGGUACCAUGAGCGCUGGGUCGAGCGAACCAGCUUUCCAGACUGAUGUCUUUCAGACCAACAACUUCGACAAGUAUGAUCAGAUAUACAUUGGCUAUAUCGACGCAAGUAGCGACUCAUUCCGGCCUUCCAUCAAACUUGCCCCGAGUUCUGGACAGACUGGACAGGUGACAGCUGUGGCAAAUAGAGUCGGGUUUACUCUUCUUGACUCAGCUGGUGGCUUGAAUAGCUUAUUUGAAUUCGACCCCUCGAAGAAGUCCGUAGAUGGAAGUGAAUUUGCAAAGUCUGCUAUUGAUAAAGCUGGUAGCGCACUGAGCCCUGGCGCGGACAUCAAAGCUCUUGCCACUUCUGGGGAUAUCACCAUUGCAGCAGGAAACUACAGCGCCGAGGGAAUGAACAACAUUUUCGGCGUCAACAAGACCAGCUCGUUCAGCCUAACGGGCGAUGGCCUGAAUGGUGUUAUAUAUACCCUGUUCGUCAACGGCAGUAUCGUUUACAUUGGUGGAGAAUUCGACAACACAAGUAAAGCCAACACGAAGGGGCUGAACAAUGUGGCUGCCUACGAUGUAUCAAAAGACACAUGGAACACCCUGGGCGCCGGCGUCAACGGACGGGUUAUAGACAUCGUUCCGUUUGCUGUCAACUUCACUAAUGGAGCACUUGAAACAGUAAUUUCUCUCACAGGAAACUUCGAUGAGAUCAAUGCCUUCGGGGCCAACAAGUCCAUUCCAGUUUCUGGAUUUGCAAUCUGGGUUCCCUCGCGAGGCAACUGGCUUCAAAACCUCAAAGCAACGCAGAUGUCGUUCGAUGGCAAGUUGACGACAGCUGUUGACCUUCCAAACGGCGGCGGCUCGUUGUUUUCAGGCUCGCUAGCUUCUUCGCAGGUUGGCGCCCAUGGUGCUGCUGCUUUAACCGAUGGAAAGAUCAGUAGCUUUCCCGUGGAUAUUCAAGCAAAAACCAAGUCAUCGAGCUCUAUUUCCAAGAGAGCAACUUCAGCCAAUAACACAUUAUCGGGCGUCGUCACUGGCCACUUCUACGAAGCGAACGGAAUCAACGUGACAAUCUUUGGAGGACACUUUGAAGCUAAGGCUACGGAUGGUUCUACGAUAAACAAUCUGCUCAUCCUUGACGGGGAAAAAUCCGACACCGUGACUGGCCUUUCUCAACUCAGGAAUGACUCUACAGUUAUGGCUCUUGCAAGCAAUGACGACGUUUUGUGGGUUGGCGGAGCGCUCAAGGGAACGGUAAAUGGAGCCAGCAUCAACGGUCUCGUCAGUUACAAUCUGAAGACGAGAACCACACCUAUCCAGCCUCCAGCGCUUGCUGGCGAUGAAGUGAUCGUUUCUGCCAUCAGCAUCAGAGAAAGCACAGGAGAUAUUUAUGUAGCUGGAAGCUUCGACCAUGCGGGUUCCCUCGACUGCCCUGGACUUUGCGUCUUUACCGCAGCCGCUACUCAGUGGAAUCGUCCAGGCACCAUGUCUGGGACGGUGAACACGCUGGCAUGGCAAAGUGCUGACACGCUCAUUGUCGGUGGAUUGCUCGAAGUAUCAGGGAACAAGACUUCAUUGGCCUCCUACGACGCGAAGGCUCAGGUCUGGACCGAGUUCGAUGGAGGUUCCACGAUCCCAGGAGCGAUUACUUCAUUUACUCCAGCCUCAAAGGAUACAUCGCAGUUCUGGGUCUCAGGAGUUGCAACGAACGGAUCGGCUUUCUUGAUGAAGUAUGAUGGUUCGAAGUGGAGCUCUGUCGGAUACACUCUGGGAUCGAAGUCUGAAAUCCGCAGCAUCCAAGUCCUUCCGUUGUCAGAAGGUCACACAUCUACAGAUCUCAUCCCAUCCAGCUACGUCUUAUUGCUCACUGGAUCUCUCAACCUGCCAUCCUUCGGCAACGCCUCUGCCGUCCUCUUCAACGGAACCGCCUUCCAGCCAUACGCUCUAACUAGCACCUCCGACAAGCGAUCCGGCAGCAUCUCCAAGAUCUUCUCGCAGCAGCAAAACGUCUUCGAAGACGGCAAAAGCCACCUCGCACUCGGCCUCAUCGUCCUAAUCGGCCUCGCCAUCGCCCUCGCCUUGAUAUUCCUCCUGGUCGUCGCUGGCAUCAUUGCCGAACGUCUCCGCCGCAAGCGUGAGGGCUACGUGCCUGCACCAACGAAUAUGUUCGACAAGACGAGCCAGAUGAACCGUCUUCCCCCGGAGCAGAUCUUUGGAACCCUCGGGAAGAAUCGCGGGUCAGUCGCGCCGGCGAUAUGAGAGGACACCGAAGAAAGAAGAAGAAGAAGCGGAUUUGUUUAUGAAAGCGAGGCGUUAUUUGCGAUUUUUUGUUUUUACGGAGUUCAGGAUAGGAGGGACAAUUUGCGAGCGAAUGUUUCGAUAUAUCGCGCCUCUCUCCAGAGUUCAGAUAGGAGAUACCCACGCAACCUGCGCCGGAGAGUUUGACAGCGACAACUCGACUACCUUCAGCGGCUGUUCACAUACAUAUACUACAUGUACUAUUGCGGUCUUGCAGUUAUAUCUAGGGGGUUGCGCAACACCGGAUACCUCUAAUGAUUUGAUUUUCUUGUUUCCUAUGUUCUAUUUUUCUCUCAAGUCUUCUCGCAAGCUACACUACUACAGUCUCGAUCACAAUUUUUUCAUUUUUUUGUCUGGGGGAAGAAGAUACGUGUAUCAUAGGAUGGGCGGGCGGUGUCUGAGGAUGAAGGAUGGCAGUGCAGGAUAGGGGGAACGGGACGGAGUGGGAUUCUAAUGGGUGAUAGUGUAAAUGGAAAUUUUCGCACACAAACGGGCUGGGGAGGCAA